AUGUCGGGUACGUUAGAGAGAGUUAAAAUUCCUAAAGUGAAACUAGGAACUCAAGAAUUUGAGGUUUUCAAGUUAGGGUUUGGCUAUAUAGGACUUACAAGAAUGUACAAUGAUCUUGUCUUUGAAGAUGUUGGCUUAUCAAUCAUCAAACAUGUAUUCGACAAAAGAAUCACUUUAUUUGAUACAUCAGACAUCUAUGAAACCAAAACUAAUGAAAUAUUGGUUGGAAAGGCAUUGAAGCAGUUAGCAUGAGAGAAAAUAUAGUUAGCCAUAAAUUUUGGUAUUACAAAAAUGGAUUUUAUUGGUUUAGUAAUAGAUGGUUCACCUGAAUAUGUUCAUGCCUUUUUGGAGGCUAGCCUGAAGCGCCUUGAUGUCAAAUUCUUUGAUAUUUACUAUCAACAUAAAGUCAACACCACAAUAUCAAUAGAAAAUACUCUAAGUGCUAUAACGGUAGAACUCAAGAAAUUGAUGGAAGAGGGAAAAAUAAAAUACAUUGGUUUAUUUGAAACUAACCCUGAAACUAUAAGAAGGGCACAUGCUGUUCAUCUCAUCCCUGCUGCACAAAUAGAGUGGUUGUUAUGGUUUCACGAUAUUGAGGAGGAAAUAAUCCCCCUUUACAGGAAACUUGGGAUUGGGAUAGUUCUAUGGCACCUCUCAUGGUUUUUUUGGUGGCAAGAUAAUUGUGGAAAGUGUACCUACAAAUAGUGAUAUGGUAUGGAACCCAUGUAUUUAUGAUUUUAAGAUGAAUCUAGUCUUGCUUAGAAACAAGUCUCAUACAAACAUCUCUUUCUUCAAAUUUCUUACCACCUCUUCCUCUUUUUCUUCUUCUAUUAUUUAUUCAAGCAGAGAUUUGGUUAUGAGAUUCUUUUUUGUUAUUUGUUUCAUUAACAGCUACUGAUAUUAUUAUUGGAACUUUUUUUACCAAAAAUAUAUUCACUCUAUA